AUGAAAAGGAAUACCGAGGCAUUUGAUCGGUUUUUGAAUGCAUAUCAAGUUCCGCUUUGUCCUCUUUUCAGCCGUACGAUGAAUUCGUUGCUCCGCUUAACCAAGUCGCGCUUCGUGAUGUCGGCGGUGCGCAACGUGCAUAUCGAGCGCAAGAUUGAAGAAUUGGGCUACACGCUGCCAGCUGUGGCUGAACCCAAAGGAAAUUACCGCACUUCUGUGCGCUCUGGAAACACCAUCUACCUUGCUGGCCACUUGCCACAGCCUGCAGGGGGCGACCUGAUACUUGGGAAAAUUGGCAAAGACCUGACGCCCGAGCAGGGCUACGAUGCUGCUCAUUACGUGGCUCUUAGCCUCAUGGCCACCCUGAAACAGGAAGUUGGUGAUCUUGACAAAAUCAAGCGAAUUGUAAAGCUUGUGGGCUUUGUUAACUGCGUGGAGGGCUUUACGCAGCAACCAGCGGUCAUCAAUGGCGCCUCGGACACUAUUGAGGCCAUCGUCGAGGUCGAGGACUAA